AUGAGCAACGUACGCCUGGUCUUCCUGCCGCCUAACACGACGGCCUUCACCCAGCCCCUUGGCCAGGGGAUUAUUGCAACCGCCAAGGCGCGCUACCGCCAGCACUGGUUGCGGGCCUUCACGGCUCUGUGGAACGCGGACGGGGCCACAAGCGCAGCCGCGCGGUUUCGCCCGAACCUGCGCGACGUGCUGGCGUGGCUCUCGGACGCGUGGACCGGCGUCGGUCCGCGCACCAUCCAGCGGUGCUGGUGGCGCACGGGGUGCCUCCCGCGUUCGUGGGCCAUGGAGCUGCCGCACGUGCAUGACGACGAGCCCACCCCGUCCGCCUAUCCCGACAUCGAGCUUGAUGAUGAGAUAAGCGACGCCGGGACUCUCAUCUCUGGGCUUCGUCUCGGGCAUGGCGCGAUGUCCGCGGCUGAGUACGUCGCCAUCGACGACGGUGAGCCGACGUGCGCCGAGCACGCGGCGGAUCUGACGCCGAAUGAGCCGGGUGCGGGCAUGGUGGUGGAAAUGUGGGAGGCGCCCACCACCAUGCAGGUCGUGUAUGAGGAUGCCGACCCCGUGGGCCGUGAAGCGCGGCGCACGGCUCGGGCGGCGUGCGAGAUGCUCAUUGGCUAUGCGCGCGCCAUCAGCAUCCAGCCGCGCGACCUGUGCCACCUUUUCGACAUCCGCAACCCGGUCAUCAUCGCGCGCAUGGAGCGGGCGAGCCCGCCCAUUAAUCUGAACGUGACCCCGCCGGCCGCGCGCACGCCAGGCGCAACACCCACGCCCGACACCCCGCGUCCGCGCGGCCGAGUGCUGCCUGGCUGUAUGACCCAGCCUUCCCGCCGUCAGCAGCUGCUGGACGCCGGUGUUGGCGCCGUGAUGGGCGGGUACACAGACGCGGCGGAGUGGAUGCGUCUUGUUCACUCCUUGUUAACAUUUGUGAGUGAUUCGAUCGAUGCUCACAUUUGA